AUGGUGAUGAACAUGGCGGAAGGGCAGAUUGACUACAACGGCCCGCAGCACAGACCCAAGCUUCAGCGAAAUCAAAAGCGGAAUACGAGCGAGCUUGAAGACGAAUUCGACAAUUUAGAUGACGAAAAUGCGGAGAAUAGGCCGUCUACUCCCACUCCCACGCUCGGUCGCGGCUCCAGAAGGCCGAGUUUGACGUCUUCACGGCCGACCAGCCCGUCCAGAGAGUCCGAGAGCUCUCUAGGCCCGAGCUUUGACAGUCCCCUUGCCACGUGGACGUAUCCUUAUCUUCCCUGGAAGCCGAAAGUGACGCUGAGCGAGAUUGACGACUUCGUCAGAAUGGCGCGCUCGAAGUACCUCGACUACAGCUUCAAAUACCCAAAAACAGAGGCGCAAAUGCUCGCAGCGGUUCAGAAUCGUUUCGGACUCCCGAAGCCGACCAGAACAGCAUGA